CUCUCUAGCUCUCAUCCGCCCUCCUCUCAGUGGCAGCGCGGGGAGGUGAGGAAAAGCCGGCCGCCCAGUCCGCCCUACGUUACGUGAAUGCGGGUGCAGCCCAAACUCCGCAGAGGAGAGCACGAGCUAAGGGCAAUCAGCACAUGACCUACUAGAGAGCGAUCCCGAAACAAAAUCAAGCAGGGGAAAUUUGCUGGAAUCCAGAGUGAUGGAUCCAUGUUCAGUUGGAGUUCAGCUUCGUACCACAAACGAGUGCCAUAAAACCUACUACACUCGUCACACUGGUUUCAAGACUUUGCAAGAAUUGUCAUCAAAUGAUAUGCUUUUACUUCAACUUAGAACUGGAAUGACACUUUCUGGGAACAAUACCAUUUGCUUCCAUCAUGCAAAAAUUUACAUUGACAGAUUUGAGGAUUUGCAGAAGUCAUGUUGUGACCCAUUUAACAUACACAAAAAACUAGCCAAAAAAAAUUUGCAUGUAAUUGACUUAGAUGAUGCCACUUUUCUGAGUGCAAAAUUUGGAAGGCAGCUUGUACCUGGUUGGAAGCUUUGUCCAAAAUGUACACAGAUAAUCAAUGGAAGUGUGGAUGUUGAUUCUGAAGACCGGCAGAGAAGAAAACCUGAUUCGGAUGGAAGAACUGCAAAAGCUUUGAGGUCAUUGCAGUUUGCAAACCCAGGGAAACAAACUGAAUUUGCUCCAGAAACUGGUAAAAGAGAAAAAAGAAGGCUCACAAAAAAUGCAGCUGCUGGUUCUGACAGACAAGUGAUACCAGCGAAGAGUAAGGUCUAUGAUAGCCAGGGUCUCCUAAUUUUCAGUGGAAUGGACCUUUGUGACUGCCUCGAUGAAGACUGUUUAGGAUGUUUCUAUGCUUGUCCUGCCUGUGGUUCCACCAAAUGUGGAGCCGAAUGCCGCUGUGACCGCAAGUGGCUGUACGAGCAAAUCGAAAUCGAAGGAGGAGAAAUCAUUCAUAACAAACAUGCUGGAUAAUUUGUGGUAUCAAAUUAUGGGCUCUUUAAAGAUGCCUUCUCUAUUUCUAAAACUCUAUCAUCCUAAGAUAAAUUUUCAAAGUUGAUUGCCAAAUGACAGAGAAUUUGAAAACCACCUCAACAUACACUCACUGGGCACUAAAGUUGCAUUUAGGGUGCUUUAAGAUUCAUUAUCUGAUGUAAAUUUAGAUGGGCUAUUCCUCAGCAGUCCUCUUUAAGCCUGUCUGGGUCAGUGUUAACAAGGAGGCAAACAAAGACAGUCCUCCAUUAGCACAGUUCAAAUUUCAGUUAGCACGUCUGUACUGUGAGCAGUUAGGUGAAGUACAGACUUCCCUGAUAGCCCUUUGGUCCAAGGAUCGUUAUGUAACAGACGUGCUUCAUCAUCACUGACCAAUCACAGUACUUCUCUCAAAUUCUGCUAGUGAUUGGUUACUGCACAUCUGUCACUCAGUGCACUCACAGCAAAGCAUGUGGUUGUGUUGUCUCCUUGUCACCCAUGUGACAUUUUGCAAAAGUAGAUCAUCAAAAGAACUGGCCAACAAAGAUAAAAAUGAGUGAAGAAAUGAAAAAUGGUAAUGCUAGAUGUGAGAUUUGAACUGAAUGGUAAGUGGAGUUAGAAGAAAUCACUGAUGGGAAUGUUGAGUCUCAGUAUGCAGCUGAGGGAACCUCAUGGAGACAAGCUUCAUGUAAUAAGGAAAUUGGUUGUGACGAGAAGGUUGAAUAGGUCCCAGAGGAAGUGAUGGUAAAAACUUCACGUUAAAGAUUAGUUAUUUUGCAACAUUGAAAGUACAAAUGAUAAAAUGGUGGAAACUGAUCCAAACUUGAAUAUGACAGUUUGCAAUGGCAUAGAAUAGAUGCUUACUUAGUAUCCUAAGUUAACAAAAAGGCAAGUACUGUUCAAACACCUUUUGAUUAGUUUUUUACAGUGAAAUAAUACUUUCUCAAUGUUUCUGAUGUUUUAAAUUACAGUAUACCAACAUACUUCUUUACAGUGUUUUCAGGGUUUUUUUGUUUAUAACUGAGUGAGUUUUUAAUAUUUUGACAGAUUUUUUAAAGGUCACAGAAUAUUUUCCCCCAUUGAUUAUUAAGAUUGCUUUGAAUGGCUAUUUUUUUAUGGUCCUGCACUAUUAUGCAAGCUAAGGACUGUAGCUGAGAACAGUGUCCACCUAUUACAGGAAAAAUUAAUUCUGAUAAAACUAGGUGGUUGAUUAAAAGUAUUUUAAAAAUAAUCUACAUAUCUAAAUGCUAAAAUUUAUCUCACAAUUUACCCUUAAAAACAAAAAAGCCUUAGUAUUGUAAACCUUUCAUUGUUUAGACCAGACGUUCUUGGUAAACGUAUGUUCUUGAUAGAAGAAUCUCAUUCUUUGUAUAAAGCAUGGAUAGCAUGGAUAUACAUAUAAUACAUAAAUAGGGAUACAUUGUAUCGAUGGUAUUAAAGUUUUAUGGGGUGGUAAUUAGGAUUAAAAGGCCUGAAAGCUGUAAGGGAGUAUUAAUGAGGGAAAAAAAGUUAGAGAAACACUGGUUGAGAGAGAGUAUAAAUUUGAAAAUUGCAUCUUAAUGUACUGGUUUUUAUGGGAUUUGUAUGGGUGCUGUUUGGAGGAUGAGAGUGGGUGAUAACUGGUCUUUUUUUAAGCAGCUACCUAUCUGUCUAAAAUCUUACCAUCUAGGACAUUGCCACUAAACUAGGUUUUUGCUUGGUUUUCCGUAUAUUAGAGUACUUUAGUUUAAUCAGAUGAACUUUUAGCAGUUUGAAAUACUUACUAGCCAUUGAAACGAAAUUUAUACGACCAGUUUGAUUAAAUUGACUAGUAGAGGUUUAUUUUUACUCCUGUAUACUUCUGGUAUCUGUUUACUUUGAUGGAAUGCCACUUUGAACCAUGAAAUUGUAAUUAAGUUACAGUUGUCACUGGCCUAGUUAUCAGAAGUAUGGUUAGUAAGUAUGGUUAAUAUCAAUUCACAUUUCAAAAGAGCACUGGCAAAAAGAAUAUUUUGGCUUUAUAUACUUAAAUUGGAUGCUAGAUUUUUUUUUUUCUGAAUUAAGGAAAAAUUUUGUUAUAGAGGACACACAAACUUCUAAUUUUAUCUGAACUUCUGGGUUCAUUAGACAUUAGUUGCAUUACUGCCAGUGUUUUGUUGGUUCAAAGUAAGUAUGAUUUAGUAUAUUGCUUAAGCUAUUCAUAAGGGACAGAUUUAAAUCUUAGGUUUUUUGUUGUUUAAAACAAAUAUAUUUUCAAAAGAAUAAAUGACUUUAAAAUUCAAAUUGUUUCUAUUUCAGCAUUCCUUAGUGGAACAUUUCUGCAUUAUUUUUCAAAGAUGGUAAUAGUUAACUUAAGUUUCAAGGGUAAAUUUCUUGAACAGUUUUGCUUUUAUUUGUUCAUUAUACCUAUUUAGGAAACUGGACUUUUCAUGAGCAUGCACAAUGUUUACAGAGAGAGGUAUGUCUAAUUUAGGGUACUCUAUAAUAAAAGCUGUGUUUUGGGAAAAUUA